UUGGUUGUGAACGGUCGCAUUUACUCGCUAGUUGUGCUACGCGGUUAAAUAUUUUUCCGGGGAAAAGCGCACUUGUCUUAGCUGCUGCUGAGCGACCAGAACGAACGACUGUGUGACUCAAGCAAAGUCCAGAGGUUAAUUUCGGGAGGAAAUUAAAAGAAGAAGCUCAAAAUAGUUUGUUGCUGAUCUUUGUCUGCGGUGCGAGAGAGUUGUGUGUGGUUGGAGGUGGUUAAACAAUCGUGGCAGAUUUUUUUUUCUCCGGACGCAACAUCGAGGGAAAAAGGGAAAGUGAGGACGAACUGAAAAGCAAUUUUGAGUCAUCUGAGAGCUGCUCAGGGUGGAAGAAAAAAAAACAAUCCGACCAGCUGAAGGAAGGAAAUUUAUGCGACCUGGUGUCUGAUGCCGUGCGUCUUCCGAUUGCCUCAUUUUGUUGGAGGAAAUAUAAAUAAAACACAUAUAUAGGAAAGCACACAAAUAUUUUUGGCAUCACUCAAUCGACAGUAAUAAAUUGCUGCUGGUGCACUGUUCGGUGAUUCCACGGAAGGCGGCAUUCGAAUCAUGCCGAAAAUGAAUCAAAAUUACAUGGUUCUCAUAUGGUAUCUCAUCAUAGUCAUCGUACUGAUUUAUCUAUUUGCAUUUUCUCAGUGACCAAAGAUGAUGAGGGGAAAAAAUGCGAUUGGGAACUUAGACGUUUAUCUGUAGAACGGUAUGCAGCUAGAAUUAUGAUAAAACGACACUCGCAGAGACACAUUCACACUCAGAGCAAAAGGACACACCGGCACACAUAUACUCGCACAAGGAUUGCACACUUUUGCCAUCGCACCGUUUGAUGGGGACCACGUUGGAUAAUUAAUUAUACACAUGAUGUUUCACCUGCGCCCUUCUAGAAUAGCAAACACAUUCCCAGAUAUCAACGGGGAGAAGAGUCACGCCACCAAAAGAUCCGCACAUGUCACGAACCACCCCCCGUACCCCAGAAGUUUAUUCUACCGCCAGCAUCUUCCAUCCUACAACCGAGAGACCUGUCAUAGAUAGUAAUGAGCGUUCCGACGAAACAAAAUAGCGCCGUCGAAAAUCUGGGCGAGGAAAAGUCGCACCCCAAAGGAAAAUGCGCAUACCAUAGCGAAAGUAAUGUACACAUACUUAAUAAUUAUAAUCGAUAUAAAUAAAUAACCGCGCCGUCGAAGAAUGUGAGGGUUUGAGCGAAACGCAUAAACAAAUGUGCAACCCGUCGUCGUCGUUGUCGCUGUCGCGCGUUCAUCAACAUUUCGUCGCAGGCGUCGCAGGUUUGUCGUCGUGUCACUUGGUGUGAGCUUCUGGCUUCUGGAGAAUUGCCCACACACGGUUGUGUUUGCCGAUUGGCACCGUCAAGCACCGUCAGUUGCUAGGAAGUCGUCUAGUUGAACACAUCGCGCGAGAAAAAAAGAAGCAGGAAGCGUCGUCAGUGCAAGCGCCAAAGCCAAAGGACGCUCGUCCCCGUGGAGGCAAUCGGGCAAACGUUUGCCAAUGGCUGUCAAACGGCUAACGGAAACGACACUGAAACCGAAAGUACUUCACUACAUCACAUUGCACCUCCCGCAGUCAUGGACCCCACGCAGGCUCAAAUAACCGUGCAGGCACAGUAUUCCUUCAAGGGGUCCAACAACGACGAGCUGUGCUUUAAGAAGGGCGACAUCAUCACAUUGACCCAGCGUGAAGAUGGUGGCUGGUGGGAGGGUACCUUGGAUGAAAAAACGGGCUGGUUCCCGAGUAAUUAUGUCAAGGAAUAUGCCGGACCACUUCCACUAUCGGAGACAAUACGCCCACCGGAGGAGAUUCAAGCAUUCCGAUCGGUCGUUUUUCGUGAUUUGCUCGAAAGCGAAAAGGCGCAUGUUGCGGAGAUCCGUGGAAUGGUGGAAAAUUUUCUGGAGCCCCUGGAAAGCAGCCAAAUACUUACAACGGACGAGUAUAUACAGCUGAUGUGUAAUUUCGUUGAAGUUGUUGAAAUGCAUGAAGAAUUUCUUCAAAGUUUGGAAGAGUCAAACGAUCGCGUCGGAAAGGUGUUCCUUACUAAAUCCCCCACAAUGAAGAAAGUUCAUCAGUGCUAUUGCGCGGCACACCCACGUGCUAUAGUUGUAGUUGAUAAGUAUCGUGAUGAACUGAAUGCCUUUAUGGAGAAGCAAGGCGCGGCUAAGCCUGGGCUGCUCGUACUCACCACCGGACUGUCUAAACCUUUCCGUAGGAUUGAUAAGUAUUCCGCCAUUCUGCAAGAGCUCGAACGACACAUGGAAAGCUGUCACCCUGAUAGGGGUGACACUCAGCGUAGUAUUGCCGUUUAUAAGGAUAUGGCUUCGUCUUGUUCGGCUACCCGAAGGCAAAAAGAGCUGGAGCUGCAAAUUCUAACCGGUCCCAUUCGUGGCUGGCAGGGACAGGAACUUACCACGCUUGGAGAUAUUAUUCACAUGGGCAGUGUCGCAGUCGGUCCCGAGCACAAAGAUCGUUACUUUGUCCUUUUUCCUCAGACGCUGCUCAUUUUGAGCGUUAGUCAGAGAAUGAGUGCAUUCAAGUAUGAGGGGAAGCUUCCACUGACCGGCAUCAGUGUGAACCGGCUGGAAGACACCGACCAAAUUAAGAACGCAUUUGAAAUCACAGGAUCGUUGAUCGAUCGGAUUGUGGCCGUCUGUCAAGGGCCCACCGAGGCAAACAAAUGGGUUGAUUUUCUCAACGCGAAAGUGAACUCCGUAAUGGAUGGACAACAUGGGAAAGACAUGAAGAGAAUUGUUAGCAGCUCAGCGGUUAACAUUCCGCAGCCUCCACCCCACCAUAUCCAGAGCAAAGAAACGCUUGACACACGUGGUUAUCGCACGCGUGUAUCCGUAUGUGCAUACAGUCAAAACUACCGCCCAACAUUUCCACCUAACUCAUACCCACCGACGGCCCCGUACGCAGCGUUAACCUCCUUCUUCCGACAUCUGUUCAAAUCGGGUGCCCUAUCGCGCUAUCUGAUACAAGCACUACUUUACCCACAAUUCAGACAAGACAUCGACACGGCUGGGGUAACAAUGCGGCGGAAACACAGGACCACGGUUCGGAUGUAUCGGCGCGAGUGUGAAGCAGUGGAUGCCCGAAAGGCUCAAAAUCACUGUGAUGAAUACGACUCGGAUGAAGACGAGGAUGAUGAGGACGAUGACGAUGACGACGACGAGAGGAUGUAUACUUCAUCUUGUUCAGAAAAAUCCAAACUUUUCGAACGACAAAACGCCGUUGAUUUCGGUGAAGAUGAUCCUUAUGAGACGAUCACUUUUUUUACCGGAAAAAAGAACGAUAGCACAACUAGAGAGAGUACGGUCUACGAAAGCUACAUUGAUCAUCCGAGAUCUGGGGAUUUGGACGGGUCGUUUGUAUACUCCCAAGCUAAGGCAUCGUCUAGUCAUGAGAGGCAGAGUGUCGAUAGUCACGGAUCGUAUAUACUGGGAUCGAGGGCGGUGCCUUGUUUGAAAGUGAAUAAUUGUGAAUCCUUCGAAAGUUAUGGGAACAGUGGGAAGCUGGCCGAAGGGUUAGUUCAUACAACCACGGCGCGUUUACUGCUCGGGGAGAUGAAGCAACAGUGUUCGGAGCAAUCACAAAUUUCUAGUUUUGAACACCGAGUGGAUCAGGGACGUAUGGCAUGCGAGGAUCUCGUGAAUCUAGAUGAUUCCAUGAAGAUAAAGUACUCACUCCAACAGAAGCCAAUCAUCGAGGAGAGACACAGUAUGCCAACGCUUUUCGUUGGAAAUCGUUUCGCAAGUUCGUCUGUUACCGAGAUUUAUAUUCCAUCGUGGAAGGAUCGGCAAGAGGCACAACAGCAACAGAAAUCGGUGGAGGCUCCUGCUCCUGUCGAUCGCACCAGUGUACAUUCCAGUUCGCUCGAUAUUCCCGCGUCCGAGGCAACUCUUUCCGUUCCCGAUCACAUCACGGCCGAACUGCUGUACAACUUCUACAGCUCUUCACCCGAACAUUCUUCCUCACUGACUUCCACCUGCAAUAUACUUACACCUCCACAAGAGUUCCGCACUGAGGGUCACUCUAUUGGCUGCUUAUCACGGGAGGUGACACCAUUCCGUAAGCAUUCAAUAAAUUCCGAUAAAAAACUUCUGCUAAAUCAAAGUCAUCUCAAAAAGGGAAAAGAUGAGGAUCGCACAAGCUCCUCGGCGAGAAGGUGCGUCAGUUAUCAGUACAUCAACGUAAGGGAUGUGAAUCAGACGGAUGCUGCGGAACAAAACGGGAACGAACAUGAGACAUUGCAUACUCAAAGAAACACUAAAAGCAACCACCAAGAACAGCACUCGAAAUGUCGCUUCUGUAACAGUAACGCUGGCUCACGUUGCCACAGUCCGCGAUCGAGCGAUUCAGGUAUGGCCGGUAGUUGUACGAUUUCCUCACCCGAUCCUCCUAAAUUAUCAGGCGAUUUUCUUCUUUAUGAUUCAGAACAACAAGACCCCGUAACAGCGACUACCAGCGAUGCUGGUGGCCGAAUGAGCGCUCCCCGUAGUGAAAAUCGAUUACGGUACUCGCGCUCGAGCCACAAUAUUGGCCAGUUUGCGUUACUUCGCGACAGCGAACUAAAUUUCACCGACAGUGGUCAGUUCGAUCACAGUCAUCCGUUUCAUGACGAUACCCAGCGGAACAAUACCCUUCAGAGCGAGGAUUCCGAGCUGGAGCGAGUGAAAUUUAUAAGAAGUCGGAGUGAGGAUAGGUUUUCAAGUGAUGAAGAUGGUCAGGGGGUCAGGACCCAGUACAUUGGUCGGAGCAGAAUAGUGGUUAAUAUGCGCGGGUACAGAAGAACAACGGAAUCGGAUGGGCUGGGUAGUACAUCGGGGGAUGAUCAGAACAUGAAUCGGUCGUUUUAUAAAACUGGACUGUAUGCACAUUGGUGGAAGAAGGAAAAAUUGCCCAUCCUAGUUGUUAGCCCUGAAAGGCUAGCGGCGGCGGCGGCGUCGAGAAAAAACGUUACAGCCGUUGCUACACACGAUUUCGGUCAUUUUGGUGCCGCACGGGGUUCAGAUGUCCCCACCAGCACUGGGCAGCAGCCAUCCGUCCCGGGGCAGUUCCAUCACGCAGCACAUGUCGCAACACAAACGCAGCCAAUCGUUCAACCAUCAUCUGAGCUACAAUCAAGUGCAGCAGCAGCAACAUCAGUCACAGAAACAGCAAGCCAACCAACUGCUGUCCAAUCUUGCCAUUCGAACAAGCGAACAAAGCCAACAACCGGUGCCAAACCUAAAGGGUAUUAAGGAGAAAGCUCAUUGGAAGAUCACAAACCUUCGACCGGCUCCACCCUUGCGUCCAGCUUUAUUGAACGGCGGCGGCGGCGGCGGCGGCGGAGGAGGACUAGUAGGAGGUGGCGGUGGUAUUGGCUCCGUUACUGGUCUCGCCGUAUCC